CGGGGCUCCGGUCCCGGUCCCGGUCCCGGUCCCGCCAUGGCCCAGCGCGGCGGCCCCGCGCUGCUCCCGGACAAUCCGUUCCAGGACCCCGCGACGCUGCAGCCCCGGCCCGGUCCCGAGCGCGCGGUGCUGGAUGCCUACAACCCCUUCGAGAGCGACACGCCACCGCCCCCGUACCAGGCCUCGGCGGCGGCCCCGCCGCCUCUGCCCGCCGGCGGUGCGCUCCCGCCGCAGCCCCCGCGUAAAGCCAGCCCCGCUGAGCCCCGCAACUAUGGCUCCUACGGCACACAGGCCUCGGCGGCGGCCGCCACGGCGGAGCUGCUGAAGCGGCAGGAGGAGCUGAACCGGAAGGCGGAGGAGCUGGACCGGCGGGAGCGGGAACUGCAGAGUGCGGCCCUCGGUGGCACCGCAACGAGGCUGAACAACUGGCCCCCGUUGCCGUCCUUCUGCCCGGUGAAGCCCUGCUUCUACCAGGACAUCCCAGUGGAAAUUCCUGCAGACUUCCAGAAGACCGUCUCCACCAUGUAUUACCUCUGGAUGGCCAGCACCAUUGCUCUCUUUGUGAACUUCUUGUCAUCGCUGGCCUGGUUCUGUGUGGAUCCUUCGUCCGGUUCUGGGUUUGGCCUCUCCAUUCUCUGGGCUCUUCUCUACACGCCCUGCUCUUUUGUCUGCUGGUACAGGCCGAUGUACAAAGCUUUCAGGAGCGACAGUUCGUUCAACUUCUUUGUCUUCUUCUUCGUCUUCUUUGCCCAGAACGUGAUGUACGUGCUGCAGGCGAUUGGCAUACCAAACUGGGGAUUCUGUGGCUGGAUACUGAGCCUGAUAGCUCUGCGGAAGAACACAGCUGUGGCUGUGAUGAUGAUGAUGGUGUCCUUGUCCUUCACAGGAGUGGCAGUGUUGGGCAUCAUUAUGCUGAAAAAGCCUGUCCUUUUCUUCCAGAUCCACUCUUUGUACCGCCGGACGGGUGCCAGCUUCCAGAAGGCACAGGAGGAGUUUGCUGCUGGGGUCUUCUCCAACCAGGCAGUGCGCACCGCGGCGGCCAACGCUGCCGCCGGAGCUGCCACCAAUGCCUUCCGCACGCCCUAGCCAGGUGGGGGCCCCGGCUUCUCAUCGCACGUGGGCUCUUUCCAAGGAAGAGGAAAUCCAAGUUGCACUUUCAUUGGAUCCUCGUGUGUCUGCAUCAGCUGUCAGAGGCUGCCUCAUCCCAGCUUGGAAGUGCUGGUGCCUGAAUAGUCCACUGCUCUAACCCCUUUCCUCACGGAUGGAGGCUGUUGUGUUUGUGCUGGUCCCUUCCCGCAGUGGAUGGGGGAAGGAUGGGAUGGGAGAUGCUGUGGCCAAGCCCUGGGCCUGUCAUUGUCCUCUUUUCCUGCACCAGGAGCCUUCUCCAGACAUGUGACAGGGACUGAGGUGGCUGCUCCCUGUCCCUGCCUUUCUUAGGGCUCUCCUGUUCCCCACCUGGCGCUGCACAUUGUGCCCUGAUGCCCUAGUCCCAGGGCGUGCCAUGCCUUGCCUUUGACGUGGGAGCUGAUUCUCUGGCUCUGUCCCCAGGGUCCUGAGCACAGAGGCAGUCUCCCAUCCUUUUCCUCAUCCCCUCCCUCUCCUCUUCUGUGCUGAGCCUGCUCCAUGUGCAGGGAGGAGGUUGGGGCUGGGACAGGCAGCAGCACUGCAUGUGCUGCUGGUGGAGCUUCAGCCUGUGUCCACCCACAGCCCUCCAGGCCUGAUUUGUGGUGGAGCCUAAAGCCGGGCUGGGCACUGGGGAGGGCCCCUGGUGCCUCCUCUGCUCCUUCCUCACUCCCAGUGAGGGGUGAAACAGCUUCUCCCUCUUUGCCUGCCCUGUGGCCAGUGCCUCCUUGCUCCCCCUGGCACCUGCCCCUGCCCUGGAGCCUUUGCUCCCCACCUCGCCCUCUGCCCAGCACGUCCCCACCAGCCCCACUGUCAUCUUCCCACGUGCCAGUGUCCUUAGGGGUCUCCAGACCUGGUGUCACUGGGAAGUGUCUCAUGAGUUCUGCUUUGCCCAUCUCCCUGCUGCUGCUCCUGAGUUUGUCCUGACUGCUCCCGGGCUGGUGAGGGGGUUCGUGCCUUCCCCUGGGGGGGCUGAUGCAGGGGGCAGGUCCCCGUAUCCCUGUCCCGGUGUGGCAGGGUCCCUGCUCUGGUCCUGGCCAUCCUGCCGUGUCCUCCCCCGGCCCCCCGUGUGUUGCUACGCCCGACGCCAAACGGCCUUCAGGUUUUAUUUAAGGAAUAAAUGAAGUUUCACUCCAA